GAGGUGGGAGUGCGCGUUUCCGGCUGCGUGCAGUUGUGUCUGGCAGCGGGAGGGGGCAGAGCCGGAGACUCGGACAGAGAUGGACAUAGAGAGAGAGUUCAAUGAGGCGGACAGGAACUGCAGCUGGGGGGCCAUAUACCAGGAUAUCCGACAUGAAGCCAGUGACUUUCCCUGUAAAGUGGCGAGAUUACCCGACAAUAAGACUCGCAACCGCUACAGAGACGUCAGUCCUUUUGACCACAGUCGAAUAAAGCUGCACAGAGAGGACAAUGACUAUAUUAAUGCCAGUCUGAUCACGAUGGAGGAGGCACAGCGGAGCUAUAUUCUCACACAGGGUCCUUUGCCAAAUACCUGUGGUCAUUUCUGGGAGAUGGUUUGGGAACAGAAAACGAGAGGUGUCGUCAUGCUGAACAGAGUGAUUGAGAAAGGAUCGAUUAAGUGUGCGCAGUAUUGGCCAAAGAAAGAAGAAACCCCCAUGCUAUUUGAGGACAUAGACUUGAAAUUAACCCUGGUUUCAGAAGACAUCAAAUCCUAUUACACAAUCCGCCUGCUGGAAUUGGAGAAUGUUAGUACACAAGAAACUAGGGAAAUCCUGCACUUUCAUUACACCACGUGGCCUGAUUUUGGGGUUCCUGAGUCGCCUGCAUCAUUCCUUAACUUUUUAUUUAAAGUGCGAGAGUCCGGCUCUUUGAACCAAGAACACGGACCGAUUGUGGUGCACUGCAGCGCCGGCAUCGGGAGAUCGGGUACAUUUUGUCUGGCCGAUACAUGUUUACUCCUUAUGGACAAGAGGAAAGACCCGUCUUCAGUAGACAUCAAGCAGGUUCUUCUGGAAAUGCGAAAAUACCGAAUGGGCCUUAUCCAGACAGCAGACCAACUCCGCUUCUCAUAUCUGGCAGUCAUUGAGGGAGCCAAGUUUAUAAUGGGUGACUCUUCAGUGCAGGAACAAUGGAAAGAGCUGUCUAAUGAAGACCUGGACCCACCCCCAGAACACACACCCCCACCCCCCAGGCCUCCAAAACGUGCCACUGAAACACACAAUGGAAAGAUGCACGAGAUAAAUGAAUUUUUCCCAAAGCAAGAGGUUAAAGAGUUUUUAAGACAGACCAUGUGCGAUUUGGAGCAAAGCAUACCUGACGGACGGGUUACUGUGCCAAAUUCACAAUCCUUUGAAAGCCCUCCUCAAGACACUGAAAUUAGAAAACGAGGCAUUGGAGAGCUAACGGGCGGUAUUUUGGACAAAGAGGAAAAUGUUGUGCCUGACCAUGUUGAAGACCACAACCAAAGUCCAGAGUGGAAAUCGCUAAUCCUAAAUCUUUGUAUGUUUACUGUCAUGACAGCCGGAGCCUACCUAUGCUACAGGGUUUGGUAUCAUUAAUGGACAUGUCUGCAAAGAUCCCACACUUUUUGACCUAUCUCUUUAAUUGCGUUUUUUGACAAAAAGCAAAACAGAAAGCCAGGCUUAAUUGGAACACACUUUAAAAAAGAAAAUCUUAAAAAAUGUAAAAAAAAAAAAUGUGGGAAAAAAUAAAAGCUAAGCUGAACUUCAGUUUGGCAGGAACUUUGCUAGGGCUAAGAGUCAAUGCACUAGGUUUUGACGUAGCCUUGAAGUCCCAAGAAGAUAAUACUCAAAUCUCAGGGCCUAAAACAAUUUUAGGAGUAAGCAGAGAAAAUGCCAAAUAUUUUUUCUUUUCUAUUAUUUUUUUUUCUUUUUACUUUUUUUUUUUUUUUUCUUUUUUUGCGAAUAAAAUAGUGGUAUUACAACA